GAUGGUUCAUACAGUCAUAUUCUUAGUUGAACCUUCCCUCUCUUUCAUUCCAUAGCCACCAUAUAUAUCAAUUUAACUCACUUCGUCUGAAAACCAUAAACUCACAGAAUGAUCCAAAUGUAAGUUCAUACAACACUUAACCUAGAAAAUCUCUGUCCUCUUUAUUUAUCCAAAAUCCAAACAGAAGUACAACAAUGGAGUCUUCAAGUCUCCUGUCCAGAGCUUCCACCACCUACUUCCCACCUCACCGAACUCAGCUACACCCUCGUAUGCAUUUACACUCCUUCUCUUCUUCUUCAUACCCAUCUUCUCAAAACCCUAACAACAAAUCUCAAAUCCAUAAAUGCUUUAUCUUUUGCAUCUCUUUCCUUUCCAUUCCCUUUCUUUUCUACCUCUUUUCUACAGCUCGAAAGAUUCACCAUUCCUCCAAAUUUGCCGAACCCAAAUCCCAAUUCUUCUCCGUCCUAAUCGAUUCGGGUCCGUUCGGGUCUCGUGUUCGAGUCUACGAGCUCUUGGCGGAGGGAAGCAUGCCUUUCACCAAUGGUCAAAUGCCUUUGAUUGCGGGGUCAAUGAAAGUUCGACCCGGAUUGGCCGGGUUUGUAGAGGAUCCGAAAAAUGCAGGUGGGUUGAUUCAUGGGUUGGUUGAGUUUGCUAAAGGAAUAGUGCCUAAAAAGGAAUGGGGAAAUACUAAAGUGCAGUUAUUGGCUAAUGGUGAGGAAAUGGAGGGCUUGGAGUUUAAGGUUAAAGAGAUGAUUAUGGAGUCUUGUAGAUUGGUCUUCAGAAAGUCUGGGUUUGCUUUUAAGGAUGAUUGGGCGAGAAUUAUUGAAGAUGGAGAAAAGGGUGUUUACACGUGGGUUGCUGUAAAUUAUGCUCUUGGAACCUUGGGAGGUGAUCCUCGGGAAACCACUGGGAUAGUUGAACUUGGUGGCACUUCUUUACAGGCUACAUUUGCUUCCACAGAAGUAUCAAAAAGGCAAACUUUACGAAUGAUCAAAUUGGAUGGAGUUACUUACAAUCUUCAGACAUCAAGCUUUCCAAAAUUUGGUCAGGAUGCUGCAUGGGAAUCUUUGCAAGAGCUGCACAAUUCUAGAGAAUUAAUCUCCUCACCUGAUAGGGAGGGAUCAUUAGGUAACCCUUGCCUUCCCAAAGGAUAUGAGUCAGCAUUCAAUGUUAGCUAUUCGGAACUUCUCUUUUCCCAUCCAGCUGGAAACUUUACUGAAUGCAGACUUGAAGCUUUGACAUUAUUGAAGAGUAAAGAAGAGAAGUGCUUACGUCCACCAUGUAAAAUUGCACCGUUUUUCUUCUCAGAGAUACAAAGCAAGCUUGUUUCUCAAGAAACCUUGUUCUAUACUUCUGAGUUUUUUGGUCUGGUUCCUAGGACUACUUUAUCUGAAUUGGAGUCAGCUGGGCAACAUUAUUGUGAAGGUGAUUGGAAUAACCUGAAAAAUCAACAUCUUGGCAUGGAUGAUUUGGAUUUGUUGAGAUAUUGUUUCUCUUCUGCAUACAUGGUAGCACUGUUGCAUGACAGCCUUGGAAUUCCAAUGGAUGAUAAAAGAAUUGGUUUUGCGAACCAUACUAGCUCUCACCUUGAUUGGACUCUCGGAGCUUUCAUUCUCGAAUCAACACUGGAGCCCCUUGAUACAGAAAUUGAUAACCUGGACCAAAUUGUUGGAAAUGAGUGGGUGACGUAUUUCUCAUUGUUAGCUUUUCUUUUAAUAGCUUUGCUUGCUGUAUUUUUUGUGCUGCAAUGGCGAAAACCACAGUUAAAAACAAUAUAUGAUCUAGAAAAGGGACACUACAUUGUCACAAGGGUACCCGGGUAAAUUUUGUCUAUCACCCGACAUUCUUGUUCAUGUGAGAAUAAUCUGUAAAUUUUUGUUGUAUCUUUAUGGAUUCAAGCUGCAGAUUUUUUUUCUUUCUUUUCAAGAAAAUAUAGUGCAUUCAUUUAAGAACAGAAACUUGGUACACUUGCAGUGGAUGCUGUUCUGUGCAAAUACCACUUCAAUUGCAGAUUCUCCA